CUCUGCAGCCCCCUCCUCCUCGCCUCCAACCAGCCAUCAUCUCCGCCUCUUUAUGGCCCGAGCGAGCCAGCAGCUGCAGGGUUAAUGUUUAGCAGAUAGGCAGGAGGAGCAGCAGAGAGGUGGGGGGCUGGUCCACAGCUGUUGUAGUAGGCUGGGUCUGUCGGGGUGAGGAAGCCUGCCUCACUCGUCCUGGAACAAUGGGAGACACGGCCGCCGCUGCAGACACAAGGACGGGCCCGGCGUAGAGGAAACCGGCUUUGCAAAGUGACCGGGGGGGAUUUUCUCCUCCUCUGCAGCCGGGGAGCAGAGAUGUAAAGCCGAGGCUUCUGGUUCCAGCGUCUUCCUGGUGCCUUUUCGCUUUUGCCUGGGAGAUUUCAGAUGCUCUGAGUGGAUGACAGCAAGCUCUGUGGCGUCGUCGUCGUCGGGGGGACAGAGGAGCUUGACGGGAGAAUCGUAAUCGGAGCUCAACCCACAGAUGAGAACAAUGUCGGAUGAGGCAGAACAGAGAACGUGUGAUGAGGAUUUUGGUUCCGAGGAAGAGGAGGGCGAGGAAGGAGACGUGGAGUCCUACCUGGAGGACAACAGCAGCGAACUGAUGGACCGACUCCGAGAGCUGGAGGCGGAGAACUCUGCUCUGAUGUUGGCGAAUGAGAGCCAGAGGGAAGCGUAUGAACGUUGCUUAGAUGAGGUGGCCAAUCAUGUGGUCCAGGCUCUGCUUAAUCAGAAGGAUCUGCGGGAGGAGUGCAUCAAGCUGAAGAUGUUGGUGUUUGACCUGGAGAGGCAGAACCGAGCGCUCUGUGAGCUCUUCCAGCAGAAGCUGCCCAACCACCCCACCACUCACUACCAGGUCCAGGCGGGAACCCUCCCAGACUACAAUGCACAGCUGCACAACGACUCGGCCAAACAGGUGGAGCCGGCCCAGACUGAAGCACAAGCCAAGGGAAAUGGCUUCCGCACCCAACAUGCCUCCCCAGGCCCUCGUGGCCCCGCCGCCUCCAUGGAGGCCCUGUCUCCAUUCUUCAAGAAGAAAGCGCACAUCCUGGAAGUCCUGCGCAAAAUGGAGGAGACGGACCCCCUGAAGUUCCACCCGUCCACCACAAGCCUGUCUUUCUGCGACUACAGCCAGAUGCUGAUGUCAACAGAGGCUGUUCUUGCCACCGCAGACCCCCACCCGGUCCAGUGCAAGUCCCACCACACGCACUGUCACUGCUCCUGCAGCGACGCUGACGCACACCAGCACGUCAACGGCGACGGGGCGGUGAAGUGUGAGGGAGCGAGCACGUGCUGUUUACACUGCAAAAGGAGUCCGGACAAUGCUCCGAAGCCAUGCAACCAUGUCUGUAGUCCAUCAAAAGCCAGCUCCUCCACCCAGAGUCAUGCUCCCGCAGCUGCUAUGAGCGAAUGUCACAGUAAGACCAGAGCAGGAGAGUCCAAGCAAUGUACCGUCAACAAGGUCCACCAGCAGCCAGUAGGCACCUCAGCCCACUCAGCCACAGAGACAGCUCAGGGUCUGGAGGUGGCCAGAGUGGAACAGGACAGCUCUGAAAGUGCUGUUUCUGAGGAGCUGAUUGGUUUCUGUGGCACUUCCAAUCUGCCCCGUUCUGUAGAGGAGAGCAUGCAAAUCCCUCACUGUGUUGCGGAUACAAGCAGCGGCAUUCACAACGGCUUGGGGCAUUCGUCCAGCACCACGUUGAAUGACCCCUCAACUAUCCCCGAGAGAGACCUCACAGACCAGGAAGCUUCCUCAGUCCGAGCCGGUGCAUCCGUCAGUCCGAGCCCUUCUUGCCUCAAUGAUGUCAAAGCUGCGGCCAUCAAUUCCCCAUCCAAGCUGCUCAAGUUCCUGAAGAUCCCGACAAUAGGGGACAAGGCCCAGCCACCAACCGCGGCAGUUCGCCUGAGCCCGCAGCUCACGCGCAACUCCAGAAUCCCAUGUCGCACCAACAACUACGAGGUGUAUCACUCUCCGGUUCCUUCCCGCAGAGCCACCACCACGGAGAGGUGCAAGCAGCCCCCACCCCCACCGUCCAGGUCCGAGUCCUACCCUGCUACACACUCGGCACCGACCUCCCCGCCACAGCCUGAAGAUGUCUGCUCUCUGACUCCUAAGGAAAUAAGCUACAGCAGUCUCUCUGCACCAAAAACCAGUGAUGGCUCAAAGUUGGAAAAUCCAUCUGCUGCAUCCUUGGGUUCUCCCAGAGCUUCCCAAAAGGUCCCCCAUUAUGAAAAUGUCUUGGAAAUGUCCGCCUCCAGAGAAGAAGAGCCAACCCAGGGUCGUGAGAAAAGAAGUACUAUCCCAACUCAAGCAAAGGCAAACGGUGGUGAGAGGAAGCUUGUUAAGUCUUUACCAGAAAGUGUCCCGAAUCCUUCCCCUCAGCGAAAGCAGUCAUCCUCAUCUACGUCGGAGUCGACGUCUGAUGAUGAAGAGGAUUCAGACAGUCCAGUAUGGGUCAACCAUCACAGUUUGCCAAACACAGCCGCCCUCAACAAAGCUCAGAGUCAAGCAAGCUACCCAAGAACAAGAGACAAACAUGAGAUGAACAUAAGGGCGGCCUCUCAGCCUCCGCCGCCUCCUGUCCGAAGAAGUGACUCCUCAUCCAUCCCCAAGAGGCCUAACUCUGGGGCGGGUAGAUCCCAGGCUGACUCUAGUCACCACGCUUUCAAAGACAGACUGGCGGCGCUGGGAAAGCUGAGGAGUUCUGAGGAUUUACAAAUCAGGCCUGUUGACGCAGCGAUUGAGGGCGCCCCGGGAGAGGAGAGAAGCAAGAUGGCCGAGAGAUCCUCAGAGGUCCACAAAGAGGAGCAGAGGCAUUCAAAGUACUCAGACUCUUUAGAUAGUAAACCUAAAAGUAGCAGUGUUGGUUUGAAGUAUCAGGGUCCAUCUCAGAUGUACGAACAGACCGGGAAAUCUCAAUCAGGUAAACCAGAACUGUGUGUACCCAAGCCUGAGGGCUCCAAGAGCAAAAUUGGAUUACCUUCUCCCAACACAGAUGCUCCCCAGGUUCUACGCAACAACAUCAAGUGUCCUGGCUCCCUGAAUCUGGCUUACAAUGUCAAAAGUGGUCCCCAGAGUAGCAACAGUCCUAACAAAAUCCCCCCGAAGUCGCCCUCCAAACCUUGCCCAGGUGUAUCUGUCCACCGGGGCGGGAAGCCCUCGGAAACGCCGCGUUACUCAUCGAAGUCAGAGGAGAGGACAAAAAUCAGCGGGAAAGGAAAGAAGAAUCCAAUGUAUGGAGACAGCCUCCCGCCUCCUCCUCCGAGACCCCCGACGUCUGAGGCGGAGAAGCCGUUACCGCCGGCUCCCACUCCACAAUCUGCUAUUGAGCAGAAAGUGAUGAAGGGGAUCGAGGAGAACGUCCUGAAGCUUCAGGAGCAGGACCGCGGGGGGCAGAGCAGUGAAGUCAAGCAGAAAGCCUCAAACGGCAUCGCCAGCUGGUUCGGCCUGAAGAAGAGCAAGCUGCCCGCGCUGAGCCGCAAAACAGACGCCACCAAAACCAAGGACGAGAAGAAGGAGUGGAAGAUAAACAUCCCCUCAGUGAGCAGAGACUCCAAAAUGGCCAGUAGAUGCAAAGAAGGCGUGGAAGGUCUGAACAUCUCGACUCUGAUGGAGAAGGCUGAGGGCCUGCGGAGGGCCCUCGAGGAGGAGAGGGCCUACGUGGAGAGGUCCGGUAGGGGCCACUCCUGUGAGGUGGUGAUGGACCAAGCUCAGGGACAGCUGGCUGUAAUGUACCGAGGGGGACGCUCUGACAACUUCAUGCAACAGCUGCUUAACAGAGUGGAUGGGAAGGAAGUGAUCAGUCUGCCGCAGCGCCGCCUCUCGUUCGACUGCAAGACCUCCAAGCCGGUGUUCACUCAGCAGACCAGCGUCAUCAGUCACACCACCAGUCAUGAAGACAUGGAGAAGGGAUCAGACAGAAUCAGCAAGAUCACAUCAGAUGAAAACCUCGCAGAUUCGGUUCACUCUCAGCACUUUGCAGGUUCCGGUGCUUCCACCUACACGCUGGACAGCGGCAUCGGUACCUUCCCUCUUCCUGACUGCAGCAGCGGAGCCGCGGGCCGGGGCCCGUCCAAGGGGCGGGCGGGGGCCGAGCACCACGCCGCCGGGUCCCCGGGUCGAUCCGGGCGGCGGGCCCGAACCCUAGACCGGGAGCUGACGUCGCAGGAGGAAUGCUUCACGUCGCACAAGCAGCUGAUUCCCACCAUCCAGUACUGCUCCAUGCUGGAGGGGAGGAGCUCCGCCGGAGUCACACGUGAAGAUAAAGAGGCACACGGAGCAAACGUGUUCUCUCCUCGCUCCAAGACUUGGACGUUCCCCAAUCUGAAGACUCCGGCCGGACCUGCAGAGGUUUACCUGGCCGUGGAGGAAGAGGAGGAAGAGGAAGAUGCUGUAACAUUUGGAUCCCCGUUCAGAGGGAACAUGAAAGCCGGCGGCCCGUCCUCCAGUCGAGUGGUGGACCCGGGCAGCCUGCCCGUCCCGGCCCAGUCCGGGUUGAGCCGGAGGGGGAAGACGCGCGCGCCCAGCGUACCCGAGAUGAGCCGGGAGGCGGGGCUUGAGCUGCUCAGGGAGCGGCCAGAGGAGGCGCUCUCCCCCAGCCGCCCUCAGGUCCUCGAAACCCCCGAGUCUCUGAGCGACUCGCUGUACGACAGUCUGUCAUCCUGCGGCAGCCAAGGGUGAUGGCAGAGGGGGCCUGCGGGGGGCAGAGGCCCCAUCUGUUCACUCUGAAGCUACGACGGCAUAUUGGGGCCAUUGUAGAUGGAGGAAAUAAAAGGACAAGUACAUUUCCACCAAGGAAAUUAGAAAUUUUGAUAUUAGAUGCUGUGUAGAAAAAACUGGGAAAUGUCUGAGUUUGAAAAAUUUUUAAUUUGCCAGAAAAACUAAGACUUUUUUAGGUUAAUCUCAGAAAAAAAGAAUAUGGAAGUUAGAAUUAUAAAAAGUCAUUUUCUGAAUUUCAAAAGAGGGGGAAAAAAGAAAAUUGGAGAUUAAUCUCAAAAACUUUCUACAAAAACUCUUGGAGAUUUAUGAGUUUCAAAAGUUGAAAGUUGGAUAUUUGGAAAUUUUCUGAAUUGGAAAAGUCAAAAAUUUGCUAGGAAAAAAGAAGUUUUGAGAUUAAUCUCAGAAAUUUUCUAGAAAAAAACUUGGAAAUUCUAUGAGUUUAAAAAAAAUUUCCAGACAAUUUCUGAGUUUUGUUUGAAAAGGUUUUUGGCUGAAAUGUACUCCUCCUUUUUUUUUUCAUUAUUAUCUGCUCUGGCCCUGACACGCCGGCGUACUGAUGCUGCUCACCUUGAAGAAGAAAACAUUUGUGCUUUUGCUGUCGUCGGUCAGCUGUUGCAACUGGAAAAGACGGAUCGAUUUCUUCUCCUCAGGAUUUCCAAAACACGUGAAGCCAAAAUAAUUUAGGUUGCUCACUUUUUCACAAUCAGACUGAACUGUGGACACUUCUCUUCAACUGAUGUAUACAAGACUUAAAACAAAACAAACAAACAAAAAAAAAACGCAUGGCCCAGCUAAAGAUCAGCACAAGAGGUUGUCACUUCUGUACAGAAGAGGAUAAGGGCCACCGAAAAAAAUAAAUAAAAUCGAAUUCUGGACUUUCUGAAAAAUAGUCUAAAUUUUAACUUUAAUCUUCAAUUCUAGAAUUUUAUAUUAAGUUCCAGAAUUCUGAGUCUAGAAUUCAGUUUUUUUUUCUUAGAAUGCUGACUUUUAAGCUCAAAAUUAUGACUUUUUUUUAGAAUUCUUGAAUUCUGAGUUUUUUUUUUUUUCUUUUUCCAGCGGCCCCAAUCUUCUUCCGUACUCCUGCUAGUCGCUCAGAAACGUUUUGUUUUUUCGUUCUCAUUCUGGUAGAAAACUCUUCAUUCGUCGUGAAAUACUGUUCUUCUUCUUGACAUCGUUUCACCGUAGAGUGUUGAGAAAAGAUUAAAAACAAAACUUGAGAGCGCCUAGAAAAUAAUAAAAAUAAUAAUAAUAAAAAAAAACAAAGAAUGUUCAUGUCUGUGUUCUCUGGUUGCUUCUCAUGUAUCAUCAUGUUUUAAUGUAAAGAAUAAUUUUAUUGAUCAUGUUGGUAUUUUUUUCACAGCCAGGGACGUGUCUGUUUCUGAAUCAUAAUGCAUUUUAAAGGUAAUAUAUGCCAGCAAUAAUAACAUGGACUAGAGGGAAAAAAAGGCUACAUCAUCUGAUGGAAAUGUAUUUUUUAUUAUUUAUUUAUUUGAAAUCAUCUUUACGUGAAAUCUGCAGUCCAUUUUGCCGAGUAGAUUCAGCUCUGAUCUUUAUGUUUCUCCAUCUCCGCCGUUGGUUUCUUAGCAAAUAGAAAAUCCUUACUGCCGUUUUUUCAACUUUCUAAAUAAAAGUGUUUUGAUUUAA